GAAAUUCGACGUUAGUCUAACGCGAGCCACGCCGAGAUUCGGAUGAUAAGACUACCUGUCAAAGUGUCGGGCAAGAUUUUUCCGUGUAUUUAACGUUUUGUCACGUUAUUGAUAACGUUUAAUAAUCUCCUUCUUUCUCUCUCUCAUUCUUUAUCUUUUUAUGAAUAUUUGAUAACUUCGUUGAUAAUCUGUGAGAUGUCACGCAUGGAAAGUUAAUGUAUAGUGUAAAUUAGCUGUCAUUAUUUAAGUUUAAUACAUGUGAGAGACGCAAAAAGCGCGUAAUGAGUCUAGCGUGUAUAUGAGAGAGUGAGAGAGAGGGAGAGAGAGAGAAAGAGAGAGAGAGAGAAUUAUCCAGGGCGAUACUAGCGAAUUGCGCGGUGAAUAUCAUGAACUACGAACUCUUGGAGAAACGAAGGUGUCACGAUAGAAGAGUACAAGUUGAAACGACGACGAGGUGGAAUCGAGAAUCACGCGUACCGUGUUUUAUCUUCUUGACUUUUUUAUUAUUCUCAUCGAUUGUCGUGUCAUCGUUAUUAUCGCUGUCAAUGUCGUGGUCAUUAUCGCGGCGGUACACGUGAAGAAAUUAGUAAAAGUGCAUCGAACGAACGGCGCGAAGUGUGCCGCGAUUAAGAAGCGCGUGUCGUGUUUGCGUUGAAAGAAAAUAAACGAGGGGGUGGAAGUAAAAGUGGUGGAGGAAAAGGUGGCGGUGGAGGAGGUGGAGGUGGAGGAUGAGUGCCAGAGAAGUCAUCCUCCUUGGCGGCUCCCCUUGGGGCUUCCGAAUGCACGGAGGACGUGACCUGCACCAACCCUUACGAAUCUCUAGGGUAAAUCCAGGUAGCAAAGCAGCUCAACAAGGUGUUAGAGAGGGUGACUUAAUUAGCAGUAUAAACGACAAAAGCACUCGGGAAGUGACGAAUAGUGAGGCCCAUGCUUUACUACGUAAUGCUGGGGAUCAUUUGAAGCUUGGUUUAAAUCAAGAAAAUAUUGGUUCACCUAAAAGAAGAAUUUAUAAGAGCAGCCUUCAAGAAAAUUCAUCGACAGAAACGUUAAAAAAAAUUACAACGAAGACGAUAACAACUUCGAACACACGGAUUAUAUCGAACGAAGCGAGAAAAAACGGCACAGAUGACACUAAAAAUGAUCAAAGUUACGUUACUCAGAACGGUGGUUUGAAGAAUUCAACGAUUGAUCAACGCGUAGACGCAAACAAAGGAUAUUGCGAAUCCUCUGGAUACGUCACAGACGCUGAAUUUACUAACAAUAAGAAGAAGAUGCCUUCUCAUGGCUCGCGUAAUCGAAGAAAUCGAAAAAAUCGCCAGAGAAAACGUGCCCAACAACAACAACAACAACAACAACAACAACGUCCACCUACACCAACCGAUGAUGGUUCAACGAAAUUUGAUGAUAAAUUUAUUGACGAUUCCAAAACGAACGACACAGUUUCGGAUAAUUUCGAUUCAAGCAACGAAAUCAACGAUCAAAUCAACGAUAAUUUCAAAACAAUGAUUGAAAAUGAAAAUUUGUUGUUGAAAACAAAUAAAUGUGAAAUAAAAAUGAAAGAAAUAGAUAAUAAAAUACGAAUGAUCGAGAUCAAAACGAUAAGUAGUUUGCCAUUGGAAGCUACGAUAGAUCAUAUACCGGGUGUUGGAAUUGUAGAAACUGGAAUAAUGGAUCAAAUGAAUGUUGACAGUGUUUCGAUCAGAGUCGACGAACCUUUAGAUUUGAUGAGACCAUUGUCGGAUAAUGUCAAUUGUAAAAUGAAACUUUUAGAUGAUGAAGACAUUUUGACGAUUGAUAUAAAUGAGAUGAAAGAUAAUAGCACGGAUAUGGAAGAUACAGUACCGAUCAUAACCGAAAUAGAUUCGGACGUUGAAAAGGAUAAAUUUGAUAGAUCGAACGACGCUGACGACGACGACGAUGAUGAUGAUGAUGAUGAUGAAGAAGAAGAGAAAAAGUUCAAAUUAAAAUUGAAUAAUUUGCAAGAAGGAUGUAAGAUUGAUACGAAGGAUAAUACGAUGUCUAAAGAGAUUGAAAGAAAAUUAAGAAAUUUCAUUGAAGAUUUAAAAUUACCUAGUACGUCGUUUGAGAAAGAGGAUAACAAAAUGGAAUACGAUAGAAUAAGUAAAAUGAAAUCUAAAAAACGUGCCAUUUUAGAAUCUUAUUAUCAAUCACAAGCGGCUAAUAGAUUUUUAGAUAUUAUUCAAGAGGAAGGUGAAAAAUUAUCGGGAGAUGAGGAACAACAUAUCAGAGAUUUUAUUAACGAAGAAAUUGGAAAAUUUCGUCGUGCUGAAUGUAAACGUAUUAAUGAGGUUACCAACGAAGAUGACGAAGACGAAGACGAAGACGAAGACGAAAACGAAAACGAAAACGAAGACGAGGAGAAUAAGAAUUCUUCAGAGUUUUUAAAUAAUACAAAAUCUAUGGAAAAUAAUAAUAAUAAUAAUAAUAAUAAUGAUAAUAUAAUUAUGAUUGACGAGGAGACUUCUGUGGAUAUUAAAAUGAAUGAUAAAUUAGAAAAAUCGAACGAAUCUAAAUCUAUUCAACCAGUUAACGAUAUUAUCGAUGAUAAAAGUGUCAUCGUAAAAGAUUUGUCCGAAGAAACGACGAAUAAACAAAAUGAAGUUUCUAUUUCGGAUAAUAAUGAUAUUUCAAUCGUGACUAAAAUUGUGGAACAGGAUAAGAAUUUAACGUCAAAUAUAAUAAUCGUAAAUUUGGAAAAUAAGAUAGAAGAUAGAGUUAAUAAUGUUUCACUCGAUGAGAAUGGAUUUCGGAUAAAACGAGAAUUUGUGGAAGAAAAGAUUGUCGAUGAAGAAGAAAAAGACAAAGAAAAAGAAGAAAAAGAAGAAAUGUCAGACGUGGAUGUUCCUAAAACGAGUAUUAUUGAAUCGAAUAAACUGAAAGAGAAUGAUAUCAAAAAUGACGACUGUAAAGAUGAAACUUGUUCUUCAUCAUCAUCUCGCGAGGAAGAUAAUAAAAUGGAAAAUGAAAUGACGAACGAUGAUAUUUUUGACAUAAUCGAUAAGAAAGAAUCAGAUUAUUUAAACUCAACGAAGAAAAGUCAUUUUGAAAUAAAUUUGACAAAUUUCGAAACUUCGAUGAACAAUGAAAAUAGAUCGUCGAUGGUUACUUGCCCACCAGACGUGCCACCAAGAAGAUCAUCCAAUUUUCGUGUUAAACGAGAAUCAACUGUAAUAUCGAAAGAAGAAAAUAGUAUGGUGGUUGUUAAUGUUCCAAUUACUAUGAAAGAAGAAAUUGUUGAAAUACCAGAACGUCCACCACUUCCACGUGAGAUGAUGCAAUGUAUUUUGGAUUGUGCUUUCAAAUGCGAGUCAACGAACGAAAAUAUCUUACAAGUUAAUUUGGAUGCUGUUAAGGGAUUAACGUUAACGAAUGUUGUCAAUGAUGACGAGAAUGAUUCAUUAAAGAUUCCGUCACGUGAUUUAACUAAGACCUUAGUUGAAGAGGUUCAAUCAAGGGCUGCCAAUUUAUUCGCAUUUUCCAAGUGCGACGACGACGACGACGACGACGAAGUCUUAUGUAACGACGUAGAAGGCGUCAUGGUUGGCAAUGAAGAGACUACUGAAAUAACCGGUGACAAGUUGUACGAAAAGGCGCCAGGAGGAAAAGGUGCAGGUUUUAUCGACAACGACGACGACGAAGACGACGAAGACGUGACGGCAACCACUAGGACGACCUGCUCGUCGAAGGAUUCAACUCGAACCUACGAGGAAAUUACUAUGGAAGGUAACAAGGAAAUGGGAUCAAAUGGAAUCGAUGAUAAGAGUAAUGGGAAAUUUGUUACCGACGACGUAUCUACGAUUUUAUACGACAAUAUCUUAACUGAACGAAACGAGAUAUGUGAGAAAAAGAUGAUCACUGAGGAAACGGAAAUAAAGAUUGUCGAGGAACAUCUACAGGAUUCGAGUAUCUGUAAAAAAGUUGGAAAAAACGACGACGACGACAACGAGGAAGAGGAAAAUGUUGAUAGGUCAAGGUCUGAAUUUAAAACUGAAGAAAGUUUUAUCGAAAACAAAUGUUCGACGGAUAUACGUGAAGAAACUUCGCUAGAUUCUGAAGAAGAUUCUAAAGAUUUGAAAGAAUCUUCGAUUGAUGGAAAACAUGUAGAAGAAUUUGUUACAUCUCAAAAUGAAUUUCAAGAUCAAGAUUCUUCUAGUAGUACAGCUUCCGUGAGUACAGUGAAAUACGUACCGAUCGAAUUGUCUCUCAUUGAUGAUUGUACGAUCAUCGAUAAGGAUGAGAUUAAUUGUUCAAAUUUAAGGAACAAAUUGUCAUUGUUAAAAUCGAAUGAAAGAGACGAUGAAAUUGAAUCAAAUCGAUCAAUAACUCCGAUUGAAGAAGAUCUUUAUUACGUUCCUUUGAAUGACGAUGAAUAUUUCACAUUAAAACCAUCAUCUUUAAAAGAUCUAAGCCUAAGAAAGAUUCUAUCAAUGCCAUAUGGCAUUGAAAUAAUUCGACAAUUAAAAAAGGCAUUUAAAUUUAAUAUAUUCGAAAGCUUGCAGAACAUUCGAUCAUUUGUUGUUAAUAAUGUAGAAAAAAACAUCGAGACCGACUACCAUCAUCGAUUAAACAAGCAUGGUGUGUCUGACGUUGCGAAUGAAUUAGCUUGGCUAACGUUUAAGUAUCCUGAUACAAAGAUAUCUGACGGAGACGAAAAAACUGUUUCAGACCAGAUUAAAUCGUCAAGAAGAUAUCCAGGACCGGUUAAUAUCUCGGAUUUUUAUGGUCAAGUUGUAAAAUCUGGAAGGAUGAAUCGUAAUGUUGAAGAUUUACCAUGGUUGGGUGUAUCAACUUCGAGGGAUCCACGAUUGUUGGUAUGUUUAUCACCGUCUCAACAAAAAACAUCGAUGCAAACGAGUCCUGACAGAUUACUCGAUCUUCAUACGAAAUUUAUCAAUCGUCGUAGUUACGACGAUGUUGAAUCUUCUAAAGUUUCACCCAUGAAUUAUCGCAUGGUAAUAAAAAAUGAUGAUAAUGAGCUUGAAGAUAAACCAUUGGGUUUGUUAAAUAUAAUCAAACAAAAUUCGUCUCGAUCUGUUGAAUCAAAACAGAAACAACCUAGAAACGAAAUUUCGAGUUCAGUGAAACAAGUGGAAGGUCAAGAACGUUUGAAAGUUACUCGAUUAUGCGAUUGGAUGAAUUUAGCUAGAUACGAAUCGAAUGAUAACGACCAACGAGAUUCGUGUAGAAAAUUGCCCUACUCGUCGUCGAAUAUUGACGAUAAAACGAUGACGAGUAUGACGCCAAGUAGAAGUGGUAUUAUUCGUGGUCAGUAUGGUUUAACGAAAGAUCCGAGAAUGUACGACGGAUCGAUGGUUCAUUCAAUGAAAAAUCGAUCCUCCUCGAUGAACACUAGUAAUAACAAGUGUUCGAUUACAUUUAACAGUGCCAUUAUUGAUAAAAACGUAUCGCCGGAAGUGGAUAAUAAAACACCAACACCACCGAAAAGAUUUAUCGAGACCCGUUACAACGUGAAUCCAGCAUUGAUCGAUGAUAGAGUUGAAGUACCACCUAGAUCCAAGAGAAUUGUAACAGUGGAUAAAUCUUGUAUCGAUACUACGAGUAUUUUCGAUCAAAAUCCACCGAGAAAUCAUUUAGAAACGAGAAAACGUCAUGAUAAUAAUAACGUUGAAACUUUGAAGAAACUCACAGCUACGGAAAUUGUGGCCAAUUUGAAAAGAUUGCAAAAAGAGACCAUGGAACAAUUGGAUCUUGGUGGUCAUAGAAAAUAUUCUUUACCGCAGGAAUAUUUCGAUCAACAAUUAAAUUAUAUCGAAUUAUUAGAGAAUCAAUUGAAAAAUGUUAUAUUAGCUGAGGAAGAGGAAAGAAAGGCAUUUGAAGAUUUUCAAUUUCAUCAUGUUAAAUCAAAAUUUCACGAGGAUUCGACAAAUAUGAUGAAGAAAGAAACGAUAUCAACAAAACAAACAAAACCUGAUAAUGAUAGUAGAAUUGAAAAAGAAUCCUGGCAAGAGAAAUCUAAAGACAUUGAUCAAAAUCGUUCGGAAAGUAUUGAAAAAUCUGGUAAUCGUGAUUUUCGUCAAACUAUUCACGACGAGAAUGGUGUUCACGAGGAAGAAACUACUGAAAAGAUUGAACACAGUGUGCACAGAGUGAUCACCCAAAAAGGAAAAAUGGAAGACGACACUUUGAAAGAUGAUAAUAAAAGUAAAGUUGACAAAGAGGAUUUAAAAAAAUUAUCAAAAAAUAAGAUCGACAAAUCAAAUUGCAAUUGGGCGAUGAGUGGUGAAGCAUUUCGUCAAAGGAUGUACGACGAGUAUGUUAAUAAAGUUCACGAAAGGGAAGAAAGGAAGCAUCAUAAGGUUGUAAAGAUAAGUUUGCACGAUGACAUGAAUAAAUCUGAAUCUAAAAUGAAAAACAUGAGUGCCAUGGAGAAAGAAUUUAUUGAAAAAGCAAAAAACAGAUUGAACAAGUUUGGCAUUAAGUUAGACGAGAGUGAACCAGAAUCUGAAAAUGGUGCUGAGAAAAAUCAAGAGGAAGAAGAUACAAUUGAAGCUCGAUGUUUGAUCGAUGGAAAGGAGAUUGGUGAUCGAAGAAAAUUACCGAAACAUCUACGAGAGUUCUUGAAGAUCUCAGUGAAGGAUAACGAUCAGGAUGGUGAUAAAUACAAUGAAAACGAUCUGCUGCACGAAAUCGACAAAGCUUUGGUUAUCGGCAAAGGAUUUCUUCUUGGUCAAGAGAACGUUAUGUUCGCCCCAACGUUUAAAGCCACCACUUUACCAACGAAACCAGGAAUUUGGUCGCCAGGAAGUGAACCACCAGCACCGCCAAAAGAACCAAGUCCAGAUCGUACAAAGGAUUCGCAAAAAGAUGGUGGAAUACCGCCAGUCUGGACCCCAUCCAGCGCAGGAACGAGUCCUGUGCCAGAGAGGAAAGAGUUUCGUCCUGUACAAUUCGAAAGUCCAAUUUUAAGCAGAAAGAAAAAGUCAGAAGAGACCGAGGAGGAAGCUUCUCCCCCUUGGAAAAACGAGGAAGAAAAGAAAGAGAUUACCACGGAGAGCAGCUUUUCACAAAGUAGCAUAUCAACUACGUCUCGCAUUGUUAACUCUCAUUCUGCACCAUCUCAAGGCUUGAACACGCUAGCUUCUACACCAAGAUUACCAAGAGCACAAAAUCCAACUAUCACGCUUCUGCAAAAAGCUCGAGAAGGACAAUUGCCAAAGGGUGCAGCGUAUAUCGAAGAAAGUGAACCACCCAGGGCUGGUCAUAACGAUGAGAAGAAACCUUUGAUUAGUCCAGGAGAAAUAAUCUACACCGUGAAGAAAGAAUACGAAAGUGAGCCAGAAUCAGAGAACGAACCACCGAAAAAAAUGGCCGAUUUGGGUCCGAGAAAGUUCGAAGGUAUUGGGCCUACUACUAAAGAGGGUAUUCCUCUCGUUCUAAGAUCGGAAGUCAAGGAGAACAAUCAGACCAAGUGGUAUAAGAAAAUGUACGAUUCACUUCAUCGUGCUGAAAAAGACGACGACUACAUUACCAUCCGUUAUAAAUCCAGAAGAGGAGGAAGAUAUGGAUCUGGUAUUAGCAGCUCGGGAUAUUUGAGCGAACCCGAACCACGUGGUUACACAGAUCGAUCAGCUACUUUUGAUAGCCGUCGUCGGCUGAAAGGCAAAGAAAAUGAUUUUUCUACCUCGACUAUGCCCAGAAAAAAUGGAGCAUUGAAAUAUUCUUCGGACGUUUACAAAAAUCAGCCAGGACGAAUCGAGGAUUACGAACCAGGACGAUCAUCUAUCGCCGAUAAGGAGGCAAAAGAAUGGUGGGACGAGGUCAUGGACAUAUUUGACGGGUGGCUGGACGAAAACGGAUGUCUUCAGGAGAAUUAUCCAAAGGGUCACGUCGUUGGUGCUUGUGGACGUCCAAGUCAACAACGUGUGUUGAGCCUUUCCUACAGACCGGAACCUAGUCAGAACUUCGAUCAACGUAAUGCACAACAAGCAGGAAAACCUUACAUGUCUCAUGCUUUUAAGGAAUCAGGAUACGAAAGUGAUUCAACAUUGGUAUUUCGACGACGAGAGGAUAUCAGUCCACUCAGUCUCUUAGAACAAAGAUUGGCUUACAAAAGUGUGCAAAGUGGUGGUGACGUGCCAUUACAUGGUCUUCGUAAACCAGCCCCAGAACGACCAAAGGAAUACUCGAACGCACCUCCACCGCCACCAAAGUCACAGCAUUGCAGAGACGAUCGUCAAGAAUCACCAAGACGUUAUGUGGAGGGUGAGGUGACGAUUCAUUAUCGUUCACCAGUACGUACAGAAGCCAAAGAGCAAUUGAGCGAGGAGGAACUCGCUAGACGUAGCGCGGAAAACAUGCGACGUGUUUAUCAAGAGGAAAGACGUAGAAAAUAUCUUCAGGAAUUACACGAUAUCGAUUCUAGAAGACACACUGACAAUUUCAUACCGUCACAAAAAUCACCGAUUCCAUUGAAUCGUUACGACGAUUUUGUGGACGAUCUUAGUCACAGAAGCAGAUCGCAAGAACAAACACCUGAGCCACGAUUAUUAGCAAGGGCACUUUACAAUUUUGUUGGACAAUCAUCUCGCGAAUUAUCGUUUCGUCGUAACGAUAUAAUCUUUGUCAGACGUCAGGUGGAUAAAAAUUGGUACGAGGGUGAACACAAUGCUAUGGUCGGUCUAUUUCCCUUCAAUUACGUCGAGAUUUUACCUUACGAUGGUAUGAGAACAACACCGAAGAAACCGUACGAAGGACAGGCUCGUGCAAAGUUCAAUUUCGUGGCUCAAACCAAUCUGGAAUUAUCAUUGGCCAAGGGAGAACUUGUUGUAUUGACAAGAAGAGUUGACGAAAAUUGGUACGAAGGUCGUAUUGGUAAUAGAAAAGGAAUAUUUCCUAUUUCAUACGUCGAAGUAAUCACCGAACCUGGAGUAAGAUCAGAAACUCCAGUACAAAGCAAACCAAUCGCCUCUCCAGCAGCUCAUAGUCUUUUAGCCAAUGGCUCAGCUGGUGGGAAGAUGAGUAUGGGUCCUCAUCAUUACGUCCCGUCAAUACCAGUUAACAUGAACACAACUCAGCCUCACUAUAAUUCACUGCCACGAAUGGGGGGAAGCAAGCUGCAGGUAUCCCAUAUCAACGAUCAAUUACACAUAGACACACACUCCGAACCAAUACCAUAUCGAGCACUGUAUAAUUAUAGACCACAAAACGAGGACGAAUUGGAAUUGAAAGAAGGUGACACGGUGUUCGUAAUGGAAAAAUGUGACGAUGGGUGGUACGUUGGUUCCAGCCAAAGAACUGGCUAUUUUGGCACCUUCCCAGGCAACUACGUCGAAAGAUUAUGAAUUUGAAUUACGAGAGAGAAAACAUUGACAGUUUCUAAUAACCAAAGAAUACCUGGCUAUUGUGUUGUAUUAAAACAAUGAUUCUUGUUUCUUUCUUUUUUUUUCUCUUUUUUUUCUUAUUCGUUCCUCUACCCGUUGAUUUUCAAAUUUUUUCUGGGCUCGCAAUGAGUGUGACAACAACAACAACAACAACAACAACAAAAUGGAAAGAUAAAUUAGAAACGAAACAACAAGUCUUCCUAAUUCCCAUUCGUUUUAACGUUGUACA